AUGCUCCGGGGCUUGCCUGGAAUUAACACUACAUCAUUGUUAGCUAGAGGCUUCUGGAGUCGGGUUCGAGUUCUCCACGGCGUCUGCGAAGUUCACUCGAGCCUCUCCUGGACCUUCUUCGGCUUCAGGCACCAGCUCGGAAGUCCCUGGCCGGACUUGCAGAGCAGAGGACCGGCGGCGGACGGGUUUCCGGCGUGCUUGCUCGCCGGCGACGAGGGAGAGGUGGGGGAAAAGAAGGAGGGGGCCAAGAGCUACCUAGAGGUGUGCUCGGCGCGAGUUGGGACGGCCGGAGGCGGGCUCCUCCGCGGAGCAGGGGCUCCGGCGGCGGCAUUUGGCGGCGGCGGCGACGGUCCGGCGGGCCUGGGCGGCAGCGAGCGGGUCAGGGAGCACCAGCGGAGCGUGGGGGAGCUAGCUGGGGUGUCGUUCGAGGCGGACGGAGGCCGGAGGGGUGAGCUCCGCGGCGGCCUAGGAGGCGGCGGCGGCCAUGGUGGGCUGCGGCGGCCGUUCCCGGCAGAGGGGGGAAGUCCCUGGCCGGACUUGCAGAGCAGAGGACCGGCGGCGGCCGGGUUUCCGGCGUGCUUGCUCGCCGGCGGCGAGAGAGAGGUGGGGGAAAAGAAGGAGGGGGCCAAGAGCUACCUAGAGGUGUGCUCGGCGCGAGCUGGGAAGGCCGGAGGCGGGCUCCUCCGCGGAGCAGGGGCUCCGGCGGCGGCGGUUGGCGGCGGCGGCGAUGGUCCGGCGGGCCUGGGCGGCAGCGAGCGGGUCAGGGAGCACCAGCGAAGCGUGGGGGAGCUAGCUGGGGUGUCGUUCGGGGCGGAGGGGUGA